CGGCUCGCCCGCAGUCGGUGCUGCCGGGCGUCGGGCGCGGGGCGCGGAGCGGCGACAGCUCGCAGGCUGGCCAUGGCGAGAGGCGCACGGCGGCCACCUGAGUGGCGCGGCGGCGUCAGGUUCUUACUCAAGAACCAACUCUAUGGAUCCAGGACAGGUUUAUCCCAUGGCCUGCUCUGAACAGCGUGUUGUCCAAUAGAAGAUUCCAUUGGCAAACCGUCUCUGUUGCCUUAUAGAGCAAGCAAAGAAGAUGGAUCGACUGAAGAACCAUCUGCCUGUGUGCUUUCUACCUACUGUGCCCUUUUUAAUCCUAGUAUCCACUCUAGCGGCUGCUAAGAGUGUGACUAAUAGCACUUUAAAUGGCACUGACAUUGUCUUGGGCUCUGUGCCUGUAAUCAUUGCCAGAACUGACCAUAUCAUAGUCAAGGAAGGGAACAGUGCCUUGAUUAAUUGUAGUGUUUAUGGUAUCCCUGAGCCACAAUUCAAGUGGUAUAAUUCCAUUGGCAAGCUGCUGACAGAAGACGAGGAGAAAGGAGGAGGAAAAUGGCAGAUGCAUGACAGCGGCCUCCUGAACAUCACCAAGGUGUCUUUUUCAGACCGAGGUAAAUACACAUGUGUUGCUUCUAACAUCCAUGGCACUGUGAACAACACGGUGACCCUGAGAGUCAUCUUUACCUCUGGAGACAUGGGCGUCUACUACAUGGUCGUCUGCCUUGUGGCCUUCACCGUUGUCAUGGUCCUCAAUAUCACCCGCCUGUGCAUGAUGAGCAGUCACCUGAAGAAGACCGAGAAAGCCAUCAAUGAGUUCUUUAGGACAGAAGGCGCAGAGAAGCUGCAAAAGGCAUUUGAGAUUGCCAAGCGGAUCCCCAUCAUCACCUCAGCCAAAACUCUAGAGCUUGCCAAAGUCACCCAGUUCAAAACCAUGGAGUUUGCACGCUAUAUCGAAGAGCUUGCCAGGAGUGUGCCUCUGCCUCCCCUCAUUAUGAACUGCAGGACCAUCAUGGAGGAAAUCAUGGAGGUGGUCGGGCUUGAGGAGCAGGGGCAGAAUUUUGUGCGGCACACUCCAGAAGGCCAGGAGGCUUCAGACAGGGAUGAGGUUUACACAAUCCCAAACUCCCUGAAGAGAAGUGACUCCCCCACUGCUGACUCAGACGCCUCAUCGCUGCACGAGCAGCCUCAGCAAAUUGCCAUCAAGGUGUCUGUGCACCCACAGUCCAAAAAAGAUCACGUGGAUGACCAAGACGGUGUGCAAUUUGAGGUCAAAGAUGAAGAGGAGACAGAACCGUCAGCCGACCAUUCCCCGGAAACUGCAGAGCCUUCCACAGAUGUAACAUCCACAGAGCUAACGUCUGAAGAGUCAACGCCUAUCGAGGUUUUGGAAUGCCAUGUUCUGCAUGGGCCUUAAUCAAAAGAGCUGUAUACGGAUUAAUAUUAAUCUGCAUGAUUUUCAAAGAAGCCUACAGUCACAGAGUUGGAAAAUCAAUGUGAAGUUAUCUAAUUUACGUAUCUUCUACAAUGUGCCUACAUGUAGUAGUUCAGCUCUGCUUGAAAAUCUCUGACAAACGGGGAACUCGUUCCUCAUGUAGCAGCAUAUUCCAUCGUGGCUGGGUCUUAAGCACUGAGGCAAGAAUUUUAAAAGCGCUACCACACUGGUCCUUGAGCUCCCUGAAGCCAAAAGUGUGAGUUAGUCCUGCCACAAUAAAAUUGUCUUUUUAGUGUCAACACAAAACUAAAAUUGUAAAUGUAUUCAUAUAAAAGGAUUGCAAAAAUGCGGCAUGCUCCUGAUAUGGCUAAUUAACAUGCCAUGUGGCACACACCCCAUUUGAGUGAAUGGUUUCUGCAGUGGGGGGGUGUUAGAGGCAGAAUUCAGGUGAAUCAGGUGCUCGCCUUCCCAGCCCCUGAGAUGUCCUAAGGCUACAGCUCACUGAAUAAAGGGUGGUUCGGCAUCGAGAAAAAAGCAAAUCAACCAGCAGAUGAAUUGCCUCAUUAUAUUAGUAUACUUUUGAAAGACUAUUAGAACAACUGAAAGAAUUGUAUAUAUACGUUAUUUUCAAAAAACAAAUCUCUACCAGUGGGGUGGGUUUUCUGACAAUUAUUCAUGUUUUAAGAUUCAUUAUGGAAUAGGAGUCCCAGUAAAUUAUGCAAAAAAAAAAAAAAACACUCUAGCAAAAUUAGAGGACUUUUUGUUCAAUGCAGAUGCUCUAUAACAUCUACUUCCUGAAGUUCUCCAUGAUUCCUAUGAAGCUGAUGUGUUAAUAGAGACCCCUGAAGCGAUUGGCACCUCUGGUUUUAGGUCUGAUUGAUUAUUAUGUCUACUGAUGUCACACACUUCUUCCACCUAGGCAUAUGGCAAGGUGAACAAAGUUCCCCAAAGCUUUAAAUCCUUUUUUUUUUAACUAGGAUUUUAUUUAUUUAUUUUUAAGUUUAUUUGAGAGAGACAGAGACCGCGAGAGUGGGGGAGGGGCAGAG